AUGACAAAUCUUACAGUUUGCCAGAAUCUGGAAAGAAUCAGAAACAUGCAGCAGGACCCACUUAAUGGUCUCCACAAGCGAAUGACAACCAUUCCCACAAGAGAUGUUCCCAUACUACCACCCAACAGCAAAGCCGUCAGGAAGCACUACUUAUCGGUGGUGCCUGCUGGCGUCCUGUACCUGGAAGGAUCAGUCCUUGUAUUUGAGGAUGUCUUCAAACUGGUUGCCUUCUACUGUGUCAGUAGGGAUUUGCUGCCCUUCACCCUGAAGCUGCCACAAGCAAUAUUAGAAGCCAGUAGCUCUCAAGACCUUGAAAUUAUCUCUAGUCUGGGGAUAGAUUUCUGGGAUUCCUCCUUAAACCACAGAAGAGGAGAGGAGUUAUCCCACCCUGCAAAAAACUCUGCUUUCAGCACUGCCCAGGCAGACAGUUUAAGGUCUACCCAAUGUUUUGCAAGUAGCACAAACCACUGCUCAUGUGAAAUUGAGCUGUCAAUAGGAAAUGACAGGCUGUGGUUUGUGAAUCCUAUUUUUAUAGAAGAGUGCAGUAAUCCUUUUCCUCCAGAUGUACCUCCUCCUAAAAGCCACGCAGUGAGCACCGAUCUCCCCCGUGCCAGCACGCUUGCUGAAAGGAGGUCUCCCCGCCGCCCUCCUCCGCCUCCACCUCCUCACGCUCUCAUUCAGAAAUCUUCUCUGAAGCUCCUGAGGGAUCCCAUGACUGCCUGUGAAGAAAAUGAGCUGCUUCAGCCACUAGGGAAGAGCAUCAAGGAAAUGAAAAUUGAGGGCGGUGACAAUAAAGAAGAAGAAAGGAAGCAGAUCUGCUCAGGCAAUGAGCCCUUGGCAGUGAGCCCCAAGAAGGGCUCCCAGCCCUCUGUUCCCCCACGGAGGCAGCUGUGUGAGAGGACCUCGGAGGAGAGCUGUGUUGGUAAGCCUGGGAGUUGUGAAACGCUGAAAGGGGAAGGGACAGAAGAAAAACAAGACACAAGUACAGAGAACAGAGAUAAAAAGUCGCUGUGCAAAACAGCUAUAGAAAUGCCUGAGGAGGUUCCCGAAAGGGCUGUAUCACAGUUUCAGGAGACAAAGCCCGAACCUGCAGAGAAGAAGGAGGACAUGCCUGAGAUACAAAGCAAUGCCAUUGAGAAAGGAAAGUCACCUCCUAUCCCACCACCGAGAAGGAAGAGGCUUUCCCAGAUACCGAGUAUCUCCAGGUCCUGCCAGUUGAAGCAAAGAACAGUGGCAAACGCGACCACGGCCACAGCACAGGCUUUGGGCAAGAGCAGCUCAGCUACAGUGGCAGGUGGUGCCACUUGCACACACACGGAGACUGAACAGGGACAUGGCUGCCAAUCCAUCAGCUCAGCCGAACUGAGGGGUUCACACUCCUCCCUGGAGGGCCCAGGAGGCAGCGCUGUGGCUCAGGCAUCAGCAUCUGAGCCAGACUCCUACUCCACCAGCAGCACAGAGGAUGACCUGGAGAUGCUGAGUAGUUCGUCUGGUAAAAAGACGCGCUCCAUGAUCUUGGUCAAGGCCAAGAACAGGCUGUCCUUUGUAAGCCUGUCCAAUGUCUUCACAGUGUUUUUGUCCAGUGACAGGAAGCUGCAGAAGAAGAUAGUGGAGCUGGCACAGGACAAGGAUUCGUACUUUGGCAACCUGGUGCAGGACUACAGAGUGUACAGUUUAGAGAUGAUGGCAAAGCAGAGCUCCAGCACAGAGAUGCUGCAAGAAAUCCGGAUGAUGAUGACGCAGCUGAAGAGUUACUUAGUGCAGAGCACUGAGUUGAGAUCUCUGAUAGACCCCACCUCCUAUACUGAGGAACAGUUAGACGCAAUUGCUGAGACAGCUUUGUACAAAUGUGUCCUGAAGCCUUUAAAAGAAGCCAUAGAUUCUUACUUAAAAGAAAUCCACAACAAAGAUGGAUCUUUACAGCAGCUAAAAGAGAACCAACUUGUGAUACAAAACACAACUACCACUGACCUAGGCGUCACGACCAGUGUGCCUGAAACCGUUGUGCUGGAAAAGAUCCUUCACAAGUUCACAACCAUGCACAAGGCCUACUCCCCAGAAAAGAAGAUUGCCAUCUUGCUGAAGUCCUGCAAACUCAUCUAUGACUCCAUGGCUCAGGGAAACCCAGGGAAACUGUACGGUGCAGAUGACUUCCUCCCUGUGCUCAUGUAUGUGUUGGCCCGCAGCAACUUGACUGAAGUCCUUCUGAAUGUGGAGUAUAUGAUGGAGCUCAUGGACCCUGCUCUGCAGCUAGGGGAAGGCUCUUAUUAUUUAACCACCACCUAUGGGGCCCUGGAGCACAUCAAGAAUUACGACAAAAUCACCGUCACGCGGCAGCUGAGCAUGGAGGUGCAGGACUCCAUUCACCGCUGGGAGCGACGGAGGACGCUGAACAAGGCCCGGGCUUCCCGUUCAUCAGUGCAGGAUUUCAUCUCUGUCUCCUUUAUGGAAAUCAGUGCUCAGACAAGGACUCUUGCUUCCCGGCAUGACACCACAGCUGAGCAGCUGAGCCAGCAGUGUGCCGAAAAGUUUGAAGUUUCCCAUCCCAAGGACUAUGGACUUUUUGUUUAUGUUGAUGACCAGUGGCUGCAGCUGGACAAAGAUGCCCUUCCUCACCAUAUCAAAGGCUCCCUACUGAAGAGUGAAACCAAGAAAGAUUUCCAUUUUAUUUAUAAACCAAUAGACAAUAAAACCCCACCAGUUCCAAUUGUCAAAGAGUCAGACUUUCCCUAA